GCGGAGCCGGGGCCGCGAUGGAGCUCAGCCCGGGCGGGCACCGGGGCCGGGGCCCGAGCGCCAGGCGCAGCGCCAGCCGGAGCCACAGGCACAGCCCGGAUCAGGCGGGGAACCGGCAGCGCGGGACCGGGCUGCUCGCAGCGGCGGCGACGGAGCCCCCCAGCGGCUGACGGGGGUCGGGACUCUGCCAGCCCCCGUCGCCGGGGUCGCGGGGAUCCCCCGCCACCUGCAAAACCCGGAGACCACCCUAUCCCGGGAACGCGGGAGGAGCCACUGAGGAAUCAGUGCAGAACGACUCCCCAGGCGGUCAGAGCGAACAGCUUCACCGCAUUCAGAAGACAGCAACCUGCCUACGGUACCGCCAGGGCUCCCCGUCUUCCAUCCGGUUCCCCAAGACCUAGAACGGGGUGACCCCCCUCAUCCAGGAUUGCGGGGACCCUCCCCUCCGCAAGGUCCCGGUGGCAACAACUCCACACCUCAAGACGCAGCUUAGAACCUCCCUAGGUAAGGGGGUCCUAGAUCUCCCCUCCUCUGGUACACAGAGACCCCCCAAUCUAGGGCCCGAGAACAGCAGAAGCGACCUCUCACCAGAAAGAGGCCUCGGAACCCCCCUGCAAGACCCGGGACCGGGGCUCCGGAACCCCCGGCGGCGCCUUCCGCACCCCAGCCCAUGGUGGUGGCGCCCUGAGCCCCUGGGGCCGGGCGGACGAGGACCGAGACGGCGCCCAGACCCCCCGCCGCCACGUCCCCGCGGCCCCAGCCCAGGGAGAAGAUGAGCGUGGGCUGCCCAGAGCCAGAGCCGCCCCGCUCCCUGCCCUGCUGCGGGCCCGGGCCCGGGCCAGCCCCUGGGAUGGGUGCAGGCGUGCCCCUCCUCACCGAGGACAUGCAGGCGCUCACCUUGCGCACGGUGGCCGCCAGUGACGUCACCAAGCACUACGAGCUGGUCCGGGAGCUGGGCAAGGGCACCUAUGGGAAGGUCGACCUGGUGGCCUAUAAGGGCACAGGCACAAAAAUGGCACUGAAGUUCGUGAACAAGAGCAAGACCAAGCUGAAGAACUUCCUGCGGGAGGUAAGCAUCACCAACAGCCUCUCGUCCAGCCCCUUCAUCAUCAAGGUUUUUGACGUGGUCUUUGAGACAGAAGACUGCUACGUCUUUGCCCAGGAGUAUGCGCCUGCAGGGGACCUGUUUGACAUCAUCCCUCCUCAGGUGGGGCUCCCCGAAGACACGGUGAAGCGCUGCGUGCAGCAGCUGGGGCUGGCGCUGGACUUCAUGCACGGGCGGCAGCUGGUGCACCGCGACAUCAAGCCCGAGAACGUGCUGCUGUUCGACCGCGAGUGCCGGCGCGUGAAGCUGGCGGACUUCGGCAUGACGCGCCGCGUGGGCUGCCGCGUGAAGCGCGUGAGCGGCACCAUCCCCUACACGGCGCCCGAGGUGUGCCAGGCCGGCCGCGCCGACGGGCUGGCGGUGGACACGGGCGUGGACGUGUGGGCCUUCGGCGUGCUCAUCUUCUGCGUGCUCACCGGCAACUUCCCGUGGGAGGCGGCCUCGGGCGCCGACGCCUUCUUCGAGGAGUUCGUGCGCUGGCAGCGCGGCCGCCUGGCGGGGCUGCCAUCGCAGUGGCGCCGCUUCACCGAGCCCGCGCUGCGCAUGUUCCAGCGUCUGCUGGCGCUGGAGCCCGAGCGGCGGGGCCCCGCCAAGGAGGUCUUCCGCUUCCUCAAGCACGAGCUCACGUCGGAGCUGCGCCGGCGGCCCUCGCAGCGCGCCCGCAAGGUCCCCGCCGCCGGGGAGCGCUCGCCGCCCGGGCCGCUGCGCCUCGACGCGCCUGCGCCGCUCAAGCGCACGGUGCUGACCGAGGCCGGGCCGCGACCCGCCGCCCCUUCCGAGCCGCUGCCGCUGCCGCUGCCCGAGCCCGGCCUGGCGCCCCCCGCGCCCCCCGGCAGGACGGACGGCCGCGCCGACAAGGGCAAAGGCCAGGUGGUGCUGGCCACGGCCAUCGAGAUCUGCGUCUGAGCCGCUGCCCCCGGGCGCCUGCAGGCAGCCGAGCCCCCCGCCCCCCGCCACGUGGGGGGAGCCGGGCAGAACCCCCACCCCGGGGCGGCAGAGGGAGGGAGCCUCUGAGCCCGGGUGCGGAGCCCCGCGAAGCCCCGCAGACCGGAGGGUUCAGAGCCCCCCCCACCCCACUCCCCACCCUACACGCCAGAAGGGAGCUUGCAGGUGCACUGUGCUCCCCGACACCCCCGGGACCCCACAGCUACUCCAGACCCUUUGCACCCCUUGGCCGUCCACCCCACCCCCAGAUCCUGUCCCCCCCGGGCACAGAAAUGGACUAAAGCGUGUGUUGGGGGUGGGGUGGCGUGCAUAAAAGGGGUGCAAGGCCUGGGCACCGGCUGGGAGGCAGGCCGAGGGGUGCGGCUUUCCUGGGAGACCCGAGAGGAGACACCCAGCCACCCCCGCAAAAAUGGAGCGCCUGUCUGGAUGCUGUAGGCGCACCCAUGCGCAGGCCCCCAGAAUCAGUGACCCCCCCCCCCACGCGCCUCCAUAGAGGAGGGUCCCUCCCCUUCGCUGGGUGGCCGAAAGGGGCCCUCCUCCUCCCGUCAGCGAGUGCAGAGCCCAGACCCCUCCUGCCCCUGGGAACCUCUCUCUCCGGCUAACCCAGGCCCAGCACACAAAUAAUAUUUAUUUGUUCAUGAACGUGAGAGGGAGAGCAAAGCAGAGUCUCCCUCAGGGGCUCGAACUCAGGACUCCAUGCUCUUGAGUCCAGUGCCCCAGCGGCUGCACACCACCUGCAGGGCCGCCAUCAUCAAUCUUUUCAAAAGAGAUGGAUUUUUCUUCAGCACCUUCUGGCAGGCUGCGAGGUGGUUAAUGCCAGAACCUUCUCCCGGGUUUCUGCUGGAGGGGAGGGGGGAGCAGGGAGAGUGUCAAGUUGCGGGCUGAUUCCCCACCCCCUACCCCUCGGGUCUCCCCAGUUUCUGGUGCUGGGGCAGGGUGCUGUGGGUGAGGGGACCCAGGGGCGGUGAGUGUGUGAUGGCUGACUGGAUCCAGAUGCCUCAGUAGCUGCCCCCCAGAUUCUCUCUAAGCAGCAGCGACGGUGCCCCCCCCCCCUUGGGUCUGUGUUUCUCACAGCCCUCAGGGAAUCCGGCGAAGAGGUACCUGCAGCUUGGUGCGGGCCCUGGGCAGUGGGGCAAGGAGAGAAAGCCCGCCUCACCCAGCCCUCCUGGGCACCCCCUUCCUGAGGCCUGGGACCCCGCAAUAACCUCAACAUGGGUGAGGCUGCCCCCUCCACCUGGUGGGGCCCCUAUCCAUGGUCCUGGGCCACACCUGCCCACCUGACCCUCCUAGGGUUCCAGCACACUGCGGGGGGCGCUCCAUGAUGGGCCAGGUGGAGCCCUGACCCCCUCCUUACCUGGAGCCCCCACCUCCCCUACUCACCCCUCUUUCCCACCGCGCAAAAGGGCUAUAGGUCCCCUCUGCCCUGCCCGGGUCCAGUUUACAAACAGUGUGCGGUUGCCCCCCCUUCAGGGGUCUGGCGCCCUCAAGACGCCCCCCAACCCUGAGGGCAUUGGGGCCCUUUACACGCCAGGUAAGUAGCAAACUCCUCCUUCCACCAAGGGCUGAGAAGGCCCCCCCACCCGGAGCCUCCCAGCUGCCGCCACUCCUGCCUUAGGCCUCUUGAUACCCUGUCUCCUGCAAUAACAAGGAAACGAGAUUCCAGUAGACACGUCCCUCGCUGUGCUCUCUUUCUCUCUCUCUCUCUCUCUGUUAAGGCCCUGUUUGGGGAGCCUUCUCCCCUGCUGUUGUCGUAGUAGUUAGGACGUUAGAGUUGGCAAGUGGCCCAGCCCCUCUGUACCGAGAUAGAUGCAGAGGGGACAGCGACUGGGGGCACUGACUGCUUCUGGCUGCCUCUGUUUUUUGGCUUGGGAUCCUUUGCCCUUUAGGUGAGGUGUUGGUCGCAGAUGUUUACCUCAUUUUAUGUCACUGUCAAAGAAACAACAGAUUAAUAGCAAAAAAAAAAAAUUAAUAAUGCUGUAGACAAGACGACUUAGAAUACAAAGAAAAAAAAGACCCCCCCCACAAAAAAUGCCCCCUUGCAAUUCUGUGAAGCUGUAUGUGUGUGGUGAGUGUGUGUGUCCCCCACCUGGGCAGGCCAGACCACCCCCAACUUUUGUCCCUGUCCUCCCCCUGUCCUCGGUGCUUCCCAGAUACCCCUGUGAGCUGGCCUGUGGGGCAUGGGGAGCCCCCCACCCAGGUGGGAGACAAGGCCAAGGUGAUCGAGCUUGGGUCUCUUCCCACCCAUUAAGCAGAACCACAAGGUCACUGCGUUCCCUCUGUGGCCAGUGGGACAGGCGGGGGUGGGGGUCCCCAGCCCCAUUUGUGUCUUGCCCCUCCUCCCCCCAAUGUUUGUAAAUACUUUGGCACCCUUUGGCCCUGAAAAGGUUUUUAAAUGUGUUAUUUACUUCUCAAAUCCUGACAAUUGCUAUAAAAUAAACAAAAGUUGAGAAAAAA